AUUUUGCCCUUAUUAAUGUAAUUAAUUAAUGUACAUGUAUUUAAUUAAUGUGUGUUGGAUUUGGAACCACUCCUUCAUGAAGGUUUUAUUAGAUCACUUUUCUGAUCUUUGCUUUGAAUGACCAACACAAAAUACAUUUGAGUCAGUGGGAACAUUGAAGAAAGAUGAUUUAGUUUGGUGUGUUGUAUGUGCAUUUGUUCUCUCUGUUAGUUUCUUCCAUGCGCUUGAGCCCUUGUCUGUCCUGAGAGUCAUGGCAACCUGCUGUACCUCCCUUCCCCUGGGCCUCCUUGUCCUGUCCCUGCUGUGUGUGGCUACUGCUGACGUCCGUGUGAGGGGCCUCCGUGGCUACGGCCUGAACGGCGAUGCCAAGAGCGAUCCUGACCCCUACGUCAAAGUGUUCUGUGGCUAUGCUUUUGGCGGCCAGACAGAGUCCAUAGAUGAGAAUCCCAACCCCACCUGGCACGCAGCGUUCAGCUUCCCAGACGGAAGACCUGGAGAUGUCCUCAAACUGGAGGUGUGGGAAAGGGACAAGAUGUAUGACGACCAUCUGGGGACCUGCACUACUACUGUACAAUCUGGCAGCCACAAGAUCUCUUGCUCACUAGCGAGAGGCAGGAUAGAGUUCCACUACGAGCUGUUUUCCUGUCUAGAUUCUGUCUAGAAGAGCUGUGGUUCACUAUAGAGCA